GUAAUUGGCCGCAGUAGUCAGGAAGUAGUUUAUGGGGUUUCAACGUGUUGUAUUUGUUAUGGUUGUCUGUAAAUCAUUUUUGUGUCAUAAUGAUCCCUGUAUCAGUAGUCCUUCUCGUAGUGGGGGGCUGGUGCAUAAUAUAUUUAACCGACACAAUAAUUAAAUCAUCUAGCAAGUUGAAAACUUCAUAUGAAGACUGGCUAAUAUCUCAUGGGCUAAGCAUUUCUCCCUUUCAUGUACGAUGGCAAACUACUGUUUUCAAUCGCAUGUUCUUCAAGUGGGGAUGUUGGAAGCCAAGAUUUCUUUACAUGUGGUUCAAUCUUGGAAUGGUAUUCGGUGUAAUUGCCAUGUUUGGCUCUGUACUACUGCUCAUGCGAACACUGCAUCAGACUUUAGCACAGAUGAUUGCAGACGUACCUGCAGGACAGAGUGAUCGCCUGCUACAAGUUGUGGUGCCUGGUGUUAAUCUGCCUGUCAGUCAGCUGGCUUAUUUCUUCUUUGCAAUUCUCAUCAGCGGUGUCAUACAUGAAAUUGGCCACGGGGUUGCAGCCAUCAGAGAACAAGUCCGAUUUAAUGGCUUUGGUAUUUUUAUAUUCAUUGUCUAUCCGGGAGCUUUUGUUGAUCUGUUCACGACCCACUUGCAACUAGUGUCUCCUGUUCAGCAGUUAAGAAUAUUCUGUGCUGGUGUCUGGCACAAUUUUGUUCUUGGAGCAGCAACUUUAGUGGUUCUUUUUCUUCUGCCUCUGCUACUCUACCCUCUGUAUUCAACAGGACUGGGUGCCUUGGUCACAGAAGUUGUAGAGGAUUCUCCUGCCAGUGGACCCAAGGGGUUGUUUGUAGGAGACCUUGUGCCAGCUGUCCAGGGUUGUGCAGUUCAUAGUGUUGAAGACUGGCACACAUGCCUGCAAGAGAUAGCAGAGAAACUACAGCCUGGUUACUGUGUUAACGAAGCAAAACUGAAACAGCUGAGUGCUCCAACCAGAGUAUACAGACGACUGGAUGGCACAGUGGAAUGUUGCAGCAACAACAGCCUCACAGACAUCUGCUUCUCUUACAGCAACAAUGUCGAAAAUCACUUGUUUGUCUGCUUACCAGCAAGGAAGGCUGUUGCAUCCAGUGAGAUUUGCCAGACCAAUAUGGACUGCCAGAGGGAAUUUGUCCCAAGCCUGUGUGUAAAACCCUCACUGGAGAACUAUACUCGUUUGAUCAGAGUUCAGCAUCCACCAGCGGAGGCCAUGUUGUUUGUUGGAUAUCCAGCUCACUUGGAAUAUGGAGUCAGCAUGAGCAGUUUUGUUCCAAGGUACAGCUUUUUGAAUUUAGACCUGCCCGUCAUUUUGGAAACAUUUUGCAAAUAUGUGAUUUCCCUUUCUGGAGCUCUUGCUGUUGUCAAUGCAGUCCCCUGUUUUGCUCUGGAUGGACAGUGGAUGCUGAACUCAUUCCUGGAAGCCACUGUCAGCAGUAUUGUGUUAGAGAAACAUAACAGAGAGCUGGUUGGCUUUUUAAUUUUACUAGCUGGCAGUAGUUUGUUAGCAGCUAACGUAGUACUUGGACUUUGGAUGGUAACAGCUCGAUAGCAUUUUCUAAUGUGAGUUUACAGGAGCACAAGCAGGGAAGGUUUCAGUUGUCAAGCAUGUUUUUAUCUGGGCUCACAUCUUUCUUAAUAAAAUGAAAUUAGAAACUUUGUAGCAUUUUUAUCAAUCAUUAAGGAAGAUAAGCUGCAGUUAAUGGACUGUGAGAGCUGAAUGGAGAUCAUUGUGUUUCCUCCUUCAAGAAAGUUGUGAUUUUCUGCUUAUCUGUGAAAUUGCAGCUAUUCAGAAAUGACAAGAGUCUUAGACAGUUUGUUAAAUGUUUUGCUAAACUGAAGAAGCCUGACAUUAUUUGAGAUUAUGUAUUUUCAGUAAUUAGUAUUAGGCGGAUUUCAUAGCAGAUCUGCUCUCAAGGAUUUCAGUUUUCAUUCUACUGAUCAUAACUUAGAAGUUAAUAUUUGCUGAAAAUGUAGCUUUUACAAAAGUAUUGGAAUUAUAAGACUGAGAAUAUUAUUGUACAGCAACAAACAGUACCAGAAAGCUAAUGUAUUUUCUUAAAUGUGCAUAUAGGCAGAGGUGUACAUUUAAUUUGAUCAGAACACCACCAGUUAUUGUGGCCUUUUUUUCACUAAAAGUUGGAUACCCUUUA